CGAAGCCUAUGCUCUGCCCGCAUAAUCCCUGCUUGUGAAAUGUUGAAAACCGUCUCUGGGAUGCGCGCUUCACUGAGCUCUUUCAACGAGAUCUUAGCUACGGUGCGUUCGUUCUCCAGCCUCUCUUCACCGUCUCUGCCUUCCGCUUCGUCGAAAUUGCGCCUCCCUUCCUCUUGGACUCCUUAUCUCCCCUAUUCGCAGUCAUCUAAGCAGAAUAAGGAGGACGCAUAUGAAGUCGUGUCACUUUUCAACAGGGACCCAACCAGCCCUCCUAUUUUGUUUGUUGUUCAACCCCGUCUUCGUCCCGAUAAAUUUUUACAGGCAAAGCUCAAUGAAGCUCUUUGUCUUGCUAACUCUCUGGAAGAGCAGCGAGAUGGGUAUUUCGACACUGACUUCUUUGAUAAGGCUUUGCCUCCCCAUAUCAUUGUUCAAAACCCAUCCAUGAAAGGUCACAAGGCUCGCGCAGACACAUAUUUUGGACCAGGCACUGUACAGAACAUCAAAUGCCAUCUUAACGCCGCUGAAUCAAAGGGUGAGGUGGAUGCUAUUUUUGUUAAUGCUAUACUAUCUGGGAUUCAGCAACGCAAUCUGGAGAGGGCUUGGGGAAAACCUGUGCUGGACCGUGUGGGUCUUAUAAUAGAGAUAUUCAAUGCUCAUGCCUUUACAAAGGAGGCAAAACUGCAGGCCGAGCUAGCUGCGUUAAUGUAUAAGAAAUCAAGACUUGUUCGUGUCCGCGGCCCGGAUGGACGUUAUGCAUUCGGGAUUGCUGGAGAAGCUGAAGUUGUUAGUGCUCGGGGGAGAGGAAGCGGGGGGCGAGGUUUCAUUAGUGGAGCUGGAGAAACAGAACUUCAGCUUCAGCGACGAAGAAUCUUGGAACGGCGAAAUCACCUGUUGUCACAAAUUGAAGAGGUUCGUCGCACUAGGGCUUUGCAACGCGCUGGUCGCAAAAGGCAAGGAGGUUCAUUUGGACAAGGCUUAGCUACUGUUGCUGUCGUUGGGUAUACAAAUGCUGGAAAGUCCACACUAGUUAGUGAACUGGCAGACAGUGAUCUGUAUAGCGAUUGUCGACUUUUUGCAACAGUUGAUCCUAGAUUAAGAAGCAGCAUGCUCCCUUCAGGGAGAAAAGUUCUUUUCAGUGACACAGUGGGAUUUAUCUCCGACCUACCUGUACAGUUGGUGGAAGCGUUUCAUGCAACUUUGGAAGAAGUGGUUGAAGCAGACCUGCUUGUGCAUGUGGUGGAUUCCAGUGCUCCCAACCUUGAUGAGCAUCGCUCCACAGUGCUGCAAGUUCUUCAACAAAUAGGAGUGCCGGAAGAGAAGCUUCAGAAUAUGAUUGAAGUUUGGAACAAGAUUGAUAUCGAAGAGGAGGACGUGGAUGAUGAUCAAUAUUAUGAUGAUGAAGUUGAGGGUAAAGGUGAAGAUGAGACUGAGGAAACCUGCAUCUCCUAUGGAGAGGAUGGUGUGAAAUUUUGCGCAUCUGCGGAAACUGAAAAGGAUGAUGAUGCAGGUAAUAAUCCUGGUGUAGAAAUUGAAGAUGUCAAGGAGGCCAUGGUAGGGAAGCAAGGUGAUUCUGAUGGCUGGUUGUAUGAGGAUACUUUGGUCGAUGAAGAUGACUCCUCUUUGCCCUGGACAGUUUGUGAGCAACAAAACGAGCCCUUAAAUAAGGACCGUGGCGUUGAAAAUGCAUGCACUGUGGGCCUGUCUGGUCCCCAUGUGAGAACGUCUGCUGUCACUGGAGUGGGUUUACAAGAGUUGCUGGAAUUAGUUGAUGAGAAGCUAAAAAUCCAGGAUGAGAAGUCGAAGCCUGAAAAAAUGGCUGAAGGGAGCAUCUUUAAUAGGAAAUGGAGGCCCCCUCGAUCAGAGAAUUCCGACAUGGCAGCUGAACGGUAGCUUACACUUAGACAUUGUUUUCUUCACUACUAUUGUUAUUAUAUAAGGGCAAAGUAGAUGCUUGAAGUAGCGAGGAGGAUCGAAUCCAUGGCCUUCCACCAUCAAGGAUAAGCUUCAUGUGUCUUCCUCAGGACUCAGGAGGCCAUAGGCUCCUUCGUCAAUAUUCUGUUCAGUACAAGACCUUUUUUAGUGGUAUUAAUGGGCCUUUUUUCCCCCUAUAAGUUCGAAGACCUCGGCCCACUUGCGGAAUGACUCUGCAUUCUGAAAUUGACGAACAGCUCUACGAAAAUCAACAGGAUAUAAUCCAUCCCCUGUGGGCCUUUUAUUUGGAAUGUUCUUUUCUUAUUUUCUCUUGGCUAAAACCCAUACAAGCUGCUAGAACCAGAGAAUUGAAUGAAAUCUUUCUGAAAAACGAGUUCCAGAUAUGAUUCAAAUAAUUGUGAACUCACGAGCCUUAAUUACAUGCUAGAGAUUUGAGUUUUAAUUGUAACUUGUAUCUCUCAGUUUAUAAUUGUGAUUUCUAUUUGAAUUGCUUGAAUGGAACUUUUUUUUCAA